AUGUCCUUCGGUGGCUUCGGUGGCUUCGGCCAGUCGAAUAACAACCAGUCCUCUGGGUUUGGUGGCUUCGGCUCGAACACCAACAACACAACCCCAGCCCGCGUUUGGGGCAGCCGCCCCACGACCGGUGGCGGUCUCUUCGGCUCAUCCAAUACCAAUACUACUGGCGCAAGCACCUUCGGCGGCUUCGGAUCCAACAACAAUACCAGCAAUGCGGCCACUACUGCCGCUUCAGGGUUUGGUUCGGGCACUAGUGGAGGUCUCUUUGGCGCAGCCAAACCAGCAUUUGGAGCCAGCUCCACUACCACUGGAGGGUCUCUAUUUGGCGGCGGCGCUGCCGCUGGUGGAUUCGGAGCUUCGAACAAUCCCGGCAUCGGUGGGAAUGUUGGAGACCCGCCUGGGACCGCGAAUACUCCGUUCCAGGCUUACGUGGAACGGGAUGGAGCGUCGUCUACCCAGAACUCCUUUCAGAACAUCCUAUUCCAGGACCCUUAUAAGAAGUGGUCAGCCGAAGAGCUGCGCUUAGCUGAUUACGCCCAGGGCCGGCGACACGGCAAUGCCACCGGAGCCGGUGCGUUUGGUGUCAGCUCUGGGUUCGGUUCAGGUACAACCUUUGGCUCUAACACCCAGCAGCCAUCGGCCUUUGGCUCGAACACUGGUACCACCGGUGGUGGUCUGUUCGGAGCAGGUAAUAACACUACAGCUACGAGUGGAUUUGGCGCCCAGGCCAAUACUGGCACCUCGGCCUUCGGUUCCGGAGCCACUGGCGGUGGUCUUUUCGGCCAAGCCAAACCUGCAGCCACCGGGGGUCUUUUCGGCUCUGGUACUUCACAACCAACCCAAACCGGUGGCCUUUUCGGAAGCACUGCCGGCACUGGUGCCUUUGGAAACACAGCAUCAAACACCACCGGUGGCUUCGGCGCUGGCUUCAGUUUUGGUAAUACCGCUGCCAAUACCGGUACUGGCUUUGGCGCGACUAACACCAACUCCACCUUUGGCACCAACACCGCUGCCGGGACAGCGCAAACCGGCGGCGGACUCUUUGGCGGUGCUGCCCAGAACACAAAUGCAGGUGGAGGCCUUUUCGGCGGUGGGGCCACCCAGCAGAACACCCCGGGCGCCUUUGGUGCGGGGGCUUCGCUCAACCCGCUGGGACAGGAACCGGCCUUUUGGAAGCCUGGGAGGCAACCAAAAUCAGCAGGUCGGGCAGUCAUCCCUCUUCCCCUCUGGUGGCCAAAACCAAGCGAAGCCCUCGCUUUUGGUGGUGCAACACAGCAGUCCACCGGUGGUCUUUUCGGCCAGCCUCAGCAGCAAGGUUCCGUGUUCGGGAACCCGGCUGCUGUUCAACAACAACAGCAGCAGCCCCAGGGGUCCCUCUUUGGAGGCUCAAUUUUAGGUGGUUCCCAGGGCCUCAACUCGACGCCCCAGUCCCUCACCGCGAGCAUCACGGACGUCUCCGCAUAUGGGACUCCGUCCCUCUUUUCUGCCCAGGGUGCCACUGAAACAGCCAAUCCUGGGCCUUUAGCCACCCCUCUCUCGUCAAAGUCAAAGCCUCGGCGGGGCUCUGUACUCCCGAUGUACAAACUAAACCCGGCAUCGGCCCGAUACGUAACACCCCAGAAGAAGGGCUUCGGCUUCUCUUACAGCACUUACGGCACCCCGGGCAGCGCCACGAGCACAUCGAGCACACCCGGAGGUCUUGGCAGGAGCUUGCUUGGGGCUAGUCUGAACAGGGGAUUGAAUAAGAGCGUCUCGACCAGCAGUCUCCGAAGAAGUUUCAAUGCGGAAGACAGUAUCCUCGCGCCCGGUGCAUUUUCUGCUAGUGGUGGCCCAAGAUUCUACGGUAACACCAACAGCGCCAAGAAACUCAUCAUCAACAAAGAUAUGCGAAGUGAUUUGUUUGCCACUCCGACCAAAGAACGACCCCUUCUCGAGGCAGGCACCGGAUCCCGCAAACUGUCCAAGCGUGUGAGCUUUGACACUAGCACGGCCGAGAACACCGAGGAUGGCGACCAGACCCGCACCCCCACGCCUACCAGCAAUGGCGCCCUUAUCCUGCGAGAAACUGACAACGACCAAACCCCAAGCAACAGCACCAAACUACCCCCAACAAAGCGCCCGAGAUGGAACAAACAUGCUGGUGCUGACUUGGCUCCUGGGGCCUACUGGAUGCGUCCUUCCAAGGAGGAGAUCCUUAGCAUGAACCGGAUGCAACGCCAGAAAGUCUCCGGCUUCACCGUUGGUAGACGCAACGUAGGUCAGAUUGCAUUUAAGACGCCAGUUGAUUUGAGCAACAUUGACCUCGAUGAUCUUUUUGAUGGCAUCGUCAUUUUGGAAACCCGUUCGGCUACCGUCUACCCGAUUGCGGCGAAGAAGCCUCCUGUUGGCAAGGGCCUCAACGUUCCCUCGCAAAUUUCGCUUGAGCAGUCCUGGCCCCGUGGCCGCGACAAGCGCCUAACAACCGAUGCUAAGAGAUUCGCGAAGCACGUUGAGCGUUUGAAGCGUAUCGAGGAUACCACAUUUGAAGGCUACGACAAGGAAACCGGAGUGUGGACUUUCUCUGUUGAGCACUUCACUACUUACGGCCUUGACUAUGAUGAGGAUUCCGAGGCAGUCCCCGAGCCGGAGGACGCUGAUGAUACCUUUCACUUUCGGAGAAACACGCGACUAGUACCCGGCGCCUUCGACCCAAGCCAUUCCCGGGAUAGCUCCGCGGGUUCGGUGCCACAACAGCUGAUGCUCUCAGUUGAGCAGCCUCAGUUUGGUGACGAAUAUGACGAGUCUGAGAACGAGGAGAUGACGGGCACGUUUCUCAGGCCUCAUCCUGCCGCGGAGCGAGACCAGUACUCGCCUGACGAUGAUGACGCAAUGCAAGUGAACGAGACGCCGGGUGGCAUUCUUCGUGCAAGGAUGCGAGCGAUCAAGGACUCGGCCGCACCUGUCAAGGUGCAACUUAGCUUCUUUGCGAGGAUCCGCAUUGAAAGUGCAUGGCCUUACGAACGGCAGGCCAAGGUCGUACAGCCCUCGGACGAGGCUGCAAACAUUUCGAGACCUCGCUGGGGCCCUGAUGGGACUCUUGUUCUACCAGGACUCUCCCCGACUACUGCAACUCAUAGUCGCUCAGGUCAAGGUCCUGGGGAUGUGCUUGUACUUCAAAGACCGCGCCUGGAGGAGGAGGCCCCAGGUGUGGUGAUGGCAAAAUUUGCAAAUGAGCUUUCGGCAUCGGCACUUGUCACGCAAGUGCGCCAAACCAAAUUCGGAGUGCUCGACGGUGUCCCCAAGGCGUCGCUCAACCUUGCCAAUAUCUCGUCGAUAUUCCAGGAGCGCAAUACGAGCGACCCCGGAACACUCCAUGAGAAGCUUGUGUGGGAAUUGGCCAGUAUCUUAUUCGAUAAUCUUUCAACCGACGCCACAGGCCCAGAACAUCAAACCCGCAAGGCGGACCUUGGUCGAUUCUGGACAGCUUUAGUAGCGGACGCGUCCUCCCGAUCAACCGGGCUGGCCAAAUCCAAUGAAGAAAAGGCAGUGGCCUGUUUGGCGGGUCACCGUGUGCCCGAAGCAUGCCAGCUUCUCAUUCAAGGCAGGGACUAUCACCUCGCGACUCUCGUUGCGCUGAUUGGCACUAGCGUCUCGUCGAAGAAGAUCAUGAAGGAGCAGCUACAGGAAUGGCACGAUGCCAAUCUUCUAUCAGAAUUUUCUCAGCCUAUUCGUGCGAUUUAUGAGAUGCUUGCCGGUAAUGUGGGGGUCUGCGAGGGGAAGAAGGGCGUUCCAGUCGAGGAUCGCCUGGAUUCCUUCACCAUCUCAGAGGAGUUUCAACUUGAUUGGAAGCAGGCCUUUGGGUUGCGACUAUGGUACGCUAUCGCUCCUGACGAUGACGUCUCAGUUGCCGUCAAGCUGUUUGAGGAAGACGUUUUGCAGCGAGGAGAGGUGCCCCCCUUCCGUGGUCAGUUUUGGGGCAGCCCAGCUGGCAAAAGUGAUGCCGUGACGGUUCGCUUCGCUUCGCAGCUCAUAAAUGAGGGCAGCUGGCUCGAGGCUAUCUAUGUCCUCCUCCACCUCGAGGAUGCCAAGGCGAGAGAGAUGGCGAUUCGCGAGAACCUGUGUCGACACGCAAACCUCUUAGGCCCGGAGACGGGGGAUAAGGUUGCUACCCUUACUCAAACUUUCAAGAUUCCUGCUGCAUGGAUCUGGGAAGCCCAGGCACUCUACAUGCGCAGUGUUGAAGGAGACGCCAUCACCGAGGUCCAGUGCCUCAUCCGAGCCGAUCUCUUCAUCGAGGCCCACCGACGACUCGUGGAGCAGGUCGCGCCCCAAGCCAUUAUUGAGCGUGACUACCAGGGCCUGUCAGACAUUCUCUCCAAGUUUGAGAGCAAGGAGAAUCAAGUGGCCGAAUGGAGCCAAGGUGGAGAGGUCUACCAAGACUUCCUCUCGCUCAUGCGCCACCACAUUCAACACACCAACGCACCAACGCAGCUCCUCCAGAAGCUGAUAUCCAGCCUUCCCGGGCUCCAGAAAAUGGGCAACUCAAGUAUAUACAAUGAAGCCGCAUUGGCAGAGAUGAGCAGUCUCGUCGCCAAAAUCAUUUCCGAUUCGCCACAAAAGGACCUGGCACCCCUCCUUCCCAAGGUUCUUUCCCUUCCCCUUACUGAGGAUAGUCACCUCUCGCACUCUGUCAGUCUUAGGUCUCCCGCGAUCAGGGACGCCGCCGAGCUGGCCUCGCGCGCCCAAGAAGAGGAGAAUAGCUGGCGUCGGCAAGGUUGUGGCCGUGUCGUCUGCCAAGGGGGCGUGGGGAAGAGCACGACUGCGGACAACCAGCUCGUCCCCCUCACAAACUACGGGGUCAAGACGAUGUCCAUGGGCUACCUCGUCGGGGAAGAUGCCCCCGUCGUAUGGCGCGGCCCGAUGGUUAUGAAGGCAGUGCAGCAGCUCCUCCACGAGGUGGACUGGGGCGGCAUCGACGUUCUCGUGCUGGACCUCCCGCCUGGCACGGGUGAUACUCAGCUCACCAUCUCCCAGCAGGUGAUUUUGGACGGUGCCGUCAUCAUCACCACCCCGCACACCCUGGCCGUCAAAGACGCCAUCAAGGGGAUCAACAUGUUUCGCACCCUCAACGUGCCCCUCCUCGGCCUCGUCCAAAACAUGUCUCUGUAUACCUGCCCCAGCUGCUCCUCCACCCACCACAUCUUUGGCGCCGCCGACCGCGCCCUCAAGAUCUGCGCUGACCAGGCCAUCGACUUUCUCGGCGACGUGCCUCUCGAUCCGAGCAUAGGGGACUCGGUCGAGGAGGGCAAGCCCGUGGUCGUCGCCGAGCCCACGGGUAAGGUGGCAGGCAUCUACGCGGACUUUGCUAGGCAGAUCGCGGCCAAGAUUGGGCUCUCAUAA